AACGCGCAUCGCGAAGAUUUCCGAGCAGCGCCUUCCACAUUUCCAACAAACGUAACUGUGCCUUUUGUUUGCAGUCGUAUUAGUCACGCAUCACACAGCAACACAUCAUCACAAUGCCUCUCGACACCAGCACCUACUCAUUGGCCCUCUUGCGCCUCGACGGCCGACGAUGGAACGAACUGCGCAGGAUUCACGCCCAAAUCUCGACCCAAGCCGCUGCAGAUGGAUCUUCCUACCUCGAACAGGGCAACACCAAGAUCCUCGUAUCCGUCACGGGACCCCAUGAAGGCCGCCAAUCCGGACAGCGAGGCGGCGCGGACAAGCAAGCCAAAGUCGAAGUAGAGAUCAAUUUCGCCGGCUUCAGUGGGGUAGAGCGACGGAAGCGCAAGAGCGAUAAGCGGACAAGCGAAAUGGAGCAUUGCAUACGAUCGGCGUUCGAGGGCGUGCUAUUACUGCAUCUUUACCCGCACUCAACAAUUACUCUCAACAUUCACAUUGUCUCGCAGGAUGGGUCGUUACUGGCGGCGUGCAUCAACGCCUCGACGCUUGCGCUUAUUGAUGCUGGCAUACCCAUGACCGACUACCUUGUCGCCUGUACCGCUGCUUCUUCUGCAUCUGCCUCUGCUGCCGACAACGCGUCCGCCGAUGAUCCGCUACUAGACCUCAACAACCAAGAGGAGCUCGAGCUUCCUUUCUUGACCGUCGGCACGCUCGGAGAGAGCGAUAAAGUAGCUGUGUGUCUGAUGGAGAGUAGAGUAAGGAUGGAAAGGUUAGAAAGCAUGUUGGCCGUGGGCAUUGAGGGUUGCAAGAGGAUGCGUAACAUACUGGACGGCGUUGUGAAGGGCUAUGGCAAGAGAUUUGGAUGAAGAGAUGUGUGAGAAUAUAAUGACCCAAUAUACAUCCAGCGCUACGCAGCGCAGGCACGCGUCAUGUGGGACCGAUAGUAGUUGGCAAGAGCCAACUUCCUUCGGCGCGCGUAGCUCAAAGAUGAAGUGCGACUAACGCAUCCAGCGACUUCUUUUCAAAAGAUAGCUACGUAUUUUAGGCUACAAGACUACUCCAACAUAACAAGAAGAAUGAAAGCUUUUCGCGGCCUGUUUCACCGGCUAUGGCGACAUCA